AUGAACAAUGAAAGUAUUAAGUCGACCACAUCUAAUGCACCACAAUUGUCAUCGUCCUCCAGCACAUCUGCUACCAACAGCAUCGCAUCAGCAUCAACAUCGUCAUCAUCAUCGUUACAACCGGCAUUGCCACUACAUUCAUCAUCGACUUCAUCAUCAGCAGCAUCGUCCAAUUUUGACGCAACUGUUAACGCCAUCACUGCUGCGGUCAAUGCAAGUAGCCAUCUGCCAGCAGCAGCUACCACGCCCCCAACAGCAGCUGCCGUAGUCGUGGCUGUUGCAGCCGUUUCAUCAUUAGCAGCAGCUAUAAUACCCGAUACACCCAUUGUCUCGAUUGCCGGUUCGACUUUAAGUGAAAUAACCACAACAACAACCUCGACCAGAACCACACCUACACCGGUGCCCACCAGCAAAGAAUCAUCGUCGGCAUCAUCAUCAUCGACAACUAAUACCAACAAUAAAACUACCAAGGACCUUGUUAAAAAAUCCUCAAAUAUAGUGACCACAUCGUCGUCGUCGCCUCAAUCGUCAUCAACUGCCACAAAUUUAAGUGCAACUGCUAAGCUGGGGUCAAAUUCAAUGUCGGUUGCCAAUAAUACAUCAGCUGUUUUGGGCGCUGUAACUAACGCCACAACAACAUCGUCGGCAUCGGCGAAUAGUAAUGCUGAUGCUGCUGUUACCACGGCUGCAACAGCUGAUAAAGACACAAACACAAAAGGAGGAUCUUCAUCAGUAGGCAACAACAACAACAACGAAACAUCAGCAACACCUGUAACCAACAAAAAAGAGGAAUCCGAAACACCAUCAUCAAAUUCUCGAGCAGUUUGUAAUGCAAACUCUGUUAGUAAGAGCGAUGAUAACAACACCACGACGACCACAACAGCCGUCAGCAGCAGUACCAAAGAAUCCAAAUCAAAGGAUUUUUUAUCAGAAUCAUGGGAGGAAAGCCGUCUAAAAGAUUGGGACGAUUUCAAACUCAAAGAAUUAUUAGACGAAGCAUAUUCCUAUAAAAACCCAAGAGACAAAGAGAACAAAAGUAAAACAUUUUUGAAAUUACUUGAAAAAGCAGAAAAUGAAGAUCAAUCCUAUCCAUUUUGUGCAAUAACAUCGCGUGGAUCCCGUAACUUUCGUUCCCACCAUCAUCCCCAUCACCACCAUCAUCAGCUCAAGCAGGGUGGAUCCUUGCAAGAUCUCUUUGAAAUUGGCCUACACGAACGCCGACAAAAUCACAAUUCGCGACAAAAGAAAUACUCGUCGUCAGUGUCAUCGCGGCAACGUGAAGGUGGCAGCCUGCCCAGUAAUGUCAAUGUAACACAUCAGCUGAGUGGUGGCGGAGUUGGACAUGAUUUAGCAUUGUUUAUGCAACAGGCAGCAUUAUCGUCAUCUGGUAAAUCGAGUAAAAAGGAUAAGAAGCAUAGCGCUGCUGCCAAGGUGUCGUUGGCAACAACAGAAAGCAAAGAAGCGUCUAAUGCAAAUACGAAUAGUAGUACUGCAACUGCAAUUGUUAUAAAUUCUACAGAGAGCACAACAUCACCAGGAGCAGUUACGCCGGCAGUCGCAACAACAAAUUUGGAUAGUGAAACAAAAACCAUUGAUACAACAACUGCAGCUGGAGCUGCAGCAGCAGCAUCAACAGCUGCCUCCACAUUUACCACUAGUGGAGGUGAUUUUAUUAUUGACAUGGGUGAGCCCAUGAUGGAUAUACAACAACAACAAAAAAUCUUACAAAGUAAAGGACCAGAUUCAACAAAACAGGGUCAAUCGUUUUAUGAGCGCUUAAACAAUGUUGAAAAACGUCUACCCACAGUUAAUUUAAUUGGCUCCACAAAGGGUACAUAUUUUGCUCCCACUUCAUCACAGUGUUAUGUCGAUGAGACGGUACGUUUUAAUACUUUGGAACGUAAUGGUAACAACGUUAAUAGCGGUGAUGUUCCGGGUGCGGCAGCCGCCGAGAAAUCAUCAUCGUCGUCUGCAGAGCUUCUGGGUAAAACAAAAACAAAUUCGAUUUAUACGAAAAUAUCGUCACCUGCCUCUGGUGGUGGUUCAUCGGUGGUUUUGGGAGGACCUACCACAAAUAACAAUAUUGCCAAUUUAAACCACCAGCGCCAUUUAGAUGAAAAUGGUAAUGCUCUCAGUGAGUUGUAUGCAAAUUCGGCGGCAUUGACCGGCGGCGUCGUUACACCACUUACCGGCGGCAAUACAAUGCAAAUAAAUUGUGUCUCUCCCACAGCAGCAGCCGCCACAGCUGCUGGCAGUGCUGGCAUUUUGUUAACCUCAUGUGGUGCCGGAAAUAAUGUCUCGACUUCGGCCACAGUAACAAUACCGCCCCAUCCCACAUCGUCCACAACUGUCUCCACCUCGGCCACAAUAACCACAUAUGCCUCAGGACCUUCGCAGGCGAAGGCAAAGGCUAAAAAGAAGUCACAGCAAGAGCGCAAUACAAAAACGGUCGAUGUCGAAUCAGUGGCCGGCUAUAGAGGCAAAGAUCCCGUUGAGGAAUUGGUGCGGUAUAUUGAGAGCAGUGGUGAAGGUGGUGGUGGCGGCGGCGGAGCUAACAACAAAACUGGUGAUAAAAAGAAGGAACGUAAAAAGGACAAGGAAAAGCAUCAACAAAAACUUAAAAAAAGCAAUUCUCUGGAAGAGUUGCGUAGUGGUGCUAAAAUGGAAGUCCAUGAACUGAAACGUACAGCCGCAACCACGGAAAGUAAUAAUGCGGUGGUUAUGCGUCAAAAAGGUGGUGGCGCCACGACGACUGGUGGUGGUAAACAAAAUAAAAACAAUUCUGCAUCGACCGCCGAUAUCAAUAAAAAUCUCGAAACUAAAACGACGACGACGACCACUAAUCGUAAAACGGAUCGCCGUUCCUGGGGUAAUGAGGAUCUUAAAUAUCUGGAAGAUCAGCAACAAAAUGCCAAUACAACAAAUUUGAUGGCAAAUAAUGAUGAGAAGAAGAAAUCCCUGAGCAAAGAGGAAAAGGAAACAAAAGAUAAAACGGCUGAGCGUAAUGAAAAGAAUCUGAACAACAACAACAUCAUCAACAAUGUUACAACAAAUUGUAACACCACAGCAGCAGCAGGAGGAGGAACACUAACACCUGCCGCUGCGGAAAAAAGCGAAAAAUCCGAAAGACGCAAACGUUAUGACACUCCCCCCAAUGCUGUCACCAUUAUCGAUAUUGUACCCAUGGAAUCUUCUUGUCCCGAAACUGCGGAAUUCCAUGUGGUUACCAAAAAGAAGAAGCCCAAAAAACCCAAGGUCAACGAAGAAUCGACCACGGUUACAUUUAAUCGGACGCACAAUUUUACCAUUUCACAAAAGUCAUCAACAUCAAAUUCCAAUUCCCAAAACACAACAACAACUGAAACAACAUUUAACAAUACAAAUACAACAACAACAAAUAAUAACAAUAAUAACAACAAAAAUGAUAAAUCUAGACGUAAAUCAACUUCAUCCGUGCCACCAUCAGAAAAAUCUGAUUCAAGUGAUCUCGACUCGGUUCAUUCAUUGCCAAUUGAAUCGACUCAACAAAAACCAAAUGUUGCAGCAGCAACAAAAGAAAAUGAAAUAGCUGAUGCCGCAGCAGCAGCUGCAGCCGUCGCCGCCACCGCCUCUGCUGCUGCUAUUUCUGGCUCUUCUGCUGUGACCCAAACAACAACAGGUGGCAGUGGUGGUGAUGCAGCAACUAAUCUGGACUGCAGAAUUACUGAACAUCAUCCUACCACAAACGAUGAAGAGAAGGCAACCAGCAACACCAGCACGACUACAAUCACAAAGACCACCAGCAAAUCUCGUAGAUCCCAAAGCAAACAGGAUUUCCCUGAGCUAACAUCCACAAUUAGCUAUUCACAAAGUUUGGUAGCCCAACAGCAGAUGCCUCAAAAUCAUCAAAUAGGGGGAACUACACCAAGUGGUGGUGAUAUUUCCUGUGACAAAACAAUACCUGCCGAACAUUCACCAAACCCGCAAAUAUUACACAAAUCGAAGAGUAUGGAAACGGACAGCACGUCAACUUCAAUGGCGACGUCGUCAGCGUCAGCUUCAUAUGUGGCCUCUUUGACUAGCAACAAUUUAGAUCAACAAUAUCCUGCCUUAGAGAAAACCGUUAAACGUCACAGUGCGGCAACGAUCAUGAACUAUUCGUCAACACUGGCGGCGGCUGCCAAUCCCCAACAGCAGCAGCAGACAAUGGUUGUUGUUGCACCAGCAUUUAAUUUUGCUGCGGCGGCCAAACAACAAGUUUUGGCAAAUACCUUAACUACCUCAACAAACAGUCAUCAUACAGUCAUUGCUCAAAGUGGCAGUAAUACAAACACUACCAACAACACCACCACGAACACACCCACAACUACAAAUAACCCUGGCAGCACCAGCAACACCCAAAACGCAAACAGAAAAUCCAAAGAAAAAACACCACCCACCACUGCUGCGAAUCACCAGCCGGCAGAUAACGGCAACAGCAACAACAACAAUCCUCCCCCCAUUAAUGUGAAAAAAUCCAAAAAAGAUCGUCAGCAACAGCAACAAAAUCAAACCAAUGAGGCUUCUUCCAAACAACAACAACAGCAGCAUCAGCAAUUCAGCACGACAUCCUCCAGCAGCAGUGGUUGUGGUGGUGGCAACACAACAACAUCUUCCAAAAAAUCAACCAGGACGCAAUUGAAAUCAUCACAGCCCUUGCCAUUAAGCUGUUCCACAGGCGGUGGCUCAUCAUCAUCAACGACGCCCACCACCACCACAACAACCAAUCCCCGCCCAGCUGUUAUAAUUUUAAAUGAUGAUCGAAAUUCCGCAGGUUGUUGUUUGGCUGAUAAUCAAUUUACCUUCGGUGAUUUCAAUGAGGAUGAAUUGAAAUUAUUUGAAGAUGAUGGUGGUGUGCCAGCGGCGGCGGAUAGUAGUCGUAGUAGUAAUACCACCAUAGAUAGUGAACAAAAUCAUGAUGCUGCUGCUCCGCCAACAACAACAACACUAAAAUCAUCACCCAUAACCACCACAUCAUAUUUCAAUGAUUCGGGUGCUUCGUGUGAAAAUGAUUUGGUCAAUAAUUCUACACCAGAUAUGCUGUUGAAUUCAAGUGUGGAGGCAUCCUCACCCAAUACAUCGUUCGUUGUCCACAACAACAACAAUAAAAGUAAGGCAACUGCAACAACAGCAACAGCUGUGAUGUUGUCCUCCUCCUCUGCAGCAGCAGCAGCAACAGGGUUCUCUUCCAACUCCAACAACAACAGUAGUAGUAGUUGUAACCGCCUUGCUACUACUACACGUUCUUCUUCGGCAACAAAUGCCGCCUCCGAAUCCACCACCACAACAUCCACAGCCGCCAACACUAAGGAUACUGCUGCCGAUAACAAAUUAAAUACGUUCCUUUCAAAUACCAAAUGUACAAGUGUUCACACAUCAUUGGAUAGUUUAGAUCCACCGCCGCCACAACAAUUGGAGACAUGUAAUGAUAUUGAAACGGCAAUAAUUGCCGCUGCCAGAGAAGCUGCCAAACAGCAGCAGCAGCAAAAACAACAACAGCAAAAAUCACAAUCAUCUCAACAAAGUCAAUACAAAAAUGCAAAUUCUUCAAAUUCAAGUUCCUUUUCGUCAUCUUCAUCAUCGUCACUGUCAUCAUCGGCAGCAUAUAAUGCCAGAAAUUAUCAUCAUGGUAAUACUUAUCAACAUCCCUCCUCCUCCUAUCAUCAUCACAAUGCCGAUGACGAUGAUUAUAUUAAUACACCACGUAGUCGUAGUCCAAGUCGUCCAAGACGUCUACCCAUACAAUUUAUACCACCAACAAUGACAACAGCGUUUACCACACAACAACACAAUGAUAUAAUAAUCGAUUUCAUUGGAUCAGCAUGGGAAGAAAUUGCCAAUAGCAAAGUUACAAAAGUCUACGAUGGACAAUAA